GGGGUGGGGCGGGGAGGCGGGGAGGCCGGCGGUGGGGGGGGGGGGCGGUUUCCCCGCCCGGAACAACGGGACAGCCGGGGGCGGGUAUAAAGCGGCGGACCGGCCGCGGAGCGUGACCCAGAAGCAGUCGUUUGGCGGGAUCGGUGACGCGCCCGUGGACAGGAUGUCGACGUCGCAGAAGCACCGCAACUUCGUGGCUGAGCCCAUGGGCGAGAAGUCGGUCAAGUGCCUGGCGGGGAUCGGCGAGACCCUUGGCCAGAGACUGGAGGAACAGGGCUUUGACAAGGCAUACGUGGUGCUGGGCCAGUUCCUGGUCCUGAAGAAAGACGAAGAGCUCUUCAAAGAGUGGCUCAAAGAGACGUGCCAGGCGAACGCCAAGCAAAGCAACGACUGCCACACCUGUCUGAGGGAGUGGUGCGAUGCCUUCCUGUAACCUCCCCCUGACCACCAGCAGCAGCAGCUUCCCCACCCGGCUCCUUCCCUACUUUUAGAAGUGAAACGGAACCACGCAGCUUUCUCCGGAGUUCCAGUGGUUCAAUUCUUGCUCUUGUGCUCCCCUUACUACUGAAACCACUCAGCUACCGAGAGAGAAGGCCUGUGAACCGGGAGCACUGGAAGGAAUGCUUGUCCCCUUCCCCCUGAGCUGCUUCACGUCACUAUCCUGAGCUCGAAUGUUGGGUAUUAACUUCUUGGCAUGUUUUAUUUUAAAAUCCCCCUUGUUCGUCUACUGCACACCUCUGCCCCCUGAAAAUGCCUCACUGUAAACUGUCCCGUGUUUGGUAAUCCAAUGAGGCUUUCAUUUUAAUCUUGCCAUAAACCAGGGGCCUCUCUCUCUCUCUCGCUCUCUCUCUCUCGCUCUCUCUCUCUCGCUCUGUGUGAAGAUCCAUGCUGGAGACCACCCUGAGUCUGAGCUUGGACAGCUGUGAAAUGCUAACCUCUAAUGACUUUAUCUGCACCAUCGUCCUUCCUGACCCCAUUACUUUGUGCUGAGUGUUGAGAUUUGGCAUCACUGUAGAAAUUGUUAUUAAAUUUUGUAUAAAUAAAAUAAAAGUGUUGACAGCUGAGUCUUUCCUCAA